UCCACCUAUUUUACGGUAUUUUUACUCCCCAUCUGACCCCUCUACUUCUCCUAUAAACCUUGGCUUCCUGAUCACACACACUCGAGAAGCUACCCACUAGUGCUCGAUCUCUCUCUCUUUCUAUCUCUCUCUCUCUCUCUCGUCUAGAUCUCACUGUGAUGGCAAACAAACCACCUGAAGAAGCCCCAGAAACCUUGAAAUACCAGACAUGGGUCUUGAAAGUCUCAAUCCACUGCGAAGGCUGCAAGAAGAAAGUCAAGAAAAUUCUGCAAAGCAUUGAAGGUUUUUGCCCAAUUUUAGCACUAAUACGUGUUUAUACGACCACUGUGGAUGCUCAGCAGCAUAAGGUUACAGUGACCGGUAACGUGGACGCAGAUACUCUAAUCAAGAAGCUUCAGAGAUCAGGCCGAAAACACGCCGAGCUUAUUCCUGAGAAGAAAGAGAAGUCUGGAAAAUCAAAGAAGAACGAAAAGCAGAGGGGUGAGAAAAAUAAUAGUGAAGAAAAUGAUAAUGAUAAUAAAGACUCUGAAGAAGGUGGUGAUCAGGUAGAUGAAGAGGACGGUGAAAUUGACGAGCCAGCUGGAGGUAACGGUGGUGGAGGAGGAGAAGGAGGAGCCAAGAAGAAGAAAAAGAAGAAGAAGAAGCAAGGACAAAGCGGCAAUCCGGCCACCAACGACGCCAGUCAGAAUUCCGGCAAUGCACCUGCAGACAGUAAUAAUUCUCCGGCAGCUCUCAAUGACCAGCUGGCACCAUCCCUGGGAGCGAUGAAUCUCAGCCCUCCUCGUCAACAUCAUGUGCAUCCAUAUCCACCAUCUAUGUAUCAUCAUCCUCCACCACCACUCUACGGAAUGAGUUACAAUACGGCGUACCCUAGAAGCAGCACUGCUACUGCAUAUUAUGCCCCAGCUCCCAUGCAUGCCAACAGUAAUACGUACUUCCACCCGGAGAUCUACCCGCCGCUACUACCACUUGCCCAUCCGAUGGACACAUAUGCUGACGACGACGACCAGAGCCAAUGCUCACUCAUGUGAUGAACUCGCGAUCAGGGCCAAAAUGUGGGCUAUAUAUCUCUGAUCAUGAGAGUUUAAUGACAUAAACUUUACUGAGCGAUGGUCGGAAAGAAUAAAAUUUUGUAAAGAUGGAUUAAGAUCAUAAGAGAGAUUAGGGAGUAAACUAGCGAAAAAAUAAGAGGGGGGCCAGUGUUGUUUAGGGGCACUUAGAGGGUGUUUAAUGGGUUGUCUUUAUUUAGCUUUGUUAACUGCUUUUGGGGGGGUUUCCUUAAACUUAAGCCAAUAGUCUCGAACUUUUGGUUUUACGUAGGACUUUAAAAAAAAAUCUACUUUCCCUCUCACUCUUAUGUGUAAAGCAGAAUUGUUUAUGGAGAUCUCUUUCUUUUCUCUCAAUGAAAUGAAAUGACGACCGAAUUGCCUGAGGAUCGAA